GGACAUCUGUUAUUCCCUUUGACUUGUCUCUCCCUUUCUCACCGAGACAUCAUUAGACUGGCGUGACGUCCGUGGUGGUGGCGGCAUCUCGUCUUUGGCUUUCCCUCCCCCUGUCCUUGUCUCUAUUUAAAGCAGUGCAGGUAGCAGGAUGUCCACGGGUGUGGUUUAGCGACGGGCCUUUGAUUGUUUUGUGAGGGAUGGAGACUGACACAUGCACUUUCAUGGUGUUCUUCCUGUAAGCCCACGUAUAAAAGCCCAGGCAGAGCCUCAAGUGAAGCAUUCGUGGGUCUAAAACAUACACAACAGAUUCAGACUGCAAGUGGCAGCGGGACCGAUUCACUCCAAGGGAGAGGGGCAAUCAAACUCUUCAAGUUUGUUUAAAAUAGGCCAGGAAAUUGCUGUAUCGGGACCCCCGAAAAUUCAACAUAAGAACCGCAUUUAUAGAUUACAUUUAUAAAACACCCUUCGAUUGGACAUUCCCAAAACGCAACACAGCAGUUGGUUUCCAAUCUGCUCACCUCUGGCAACAGUGACCUGCGCAGCCAUUAAGAUGGCUUAUCUUACUUCUCCGCGUCUUGCCCUUCUGCUGUUAGUCUUGAUAUCCGUGACCCUUGUGACCUCUGGAUUUCCCCAACACCGACUGAGACCCUUACGAAACCCCUCUCCUAUUGGCCAGGAUGAUUCCAAAAGUGACCAGUGGGAAAUGAUGUACCCUUCCAUAUCGCUCCGUGAUUGGAGUAUUCAGAUGCUGUCAGCUCCGGACUUCGGUUCAGCCAAGACGAAGUCAGAGAUUCUUGGUGAGGAUGAGGAGUGGGUUCCCAUAACAUCCCAAUCACAGAUGGAGGAGGAGAUGACGAACGGUUGGCGCAGCAACUGGAUGGCCCAGCCUGUGAACGAGGAGAAGAGGAAUAUCGUAGUGGCAGAUGAUGCCGCCUUCCGGGAGAAAAGUAAACUUCUAACUGCAAUGCAGAGACAGAAAUGGCUCAAUUCUUACAUGCAAAAGCUACUGGUUGUGAAUUCAUAGACUUGGUGGAUAGGGGGGAUUAAAGUCAUUUCUGUUAAGUCUU